CCCUCUUCUCCUACCAUCAUCAACAAGCACCAAGUUCUCCCCUUCUCUUGCUCAAAUCCCAUUUGCCUGGUAACUUGUUUCUGCAAGAACCACCAUGGAAGAAGAGGGAAAGCACCACCACUUCUUCCACCACAAGAGUGAUGAGGAGAAGCAUGAGAGGACACCAGAGGAGGAAGCCAAGCACCACAAGAAACUGGAAAUUCUUGGUGGACUAGGAGCUGCUGCUGCUGGUGCCUAUGCAAUUCAUGAGAAGCACCAGGCGAAGAAGGAUCCGGAAAAUGCCCACAAGCACAGGAUCGGCGAGGAGGUCGCCGCGACUGUUGCUGUGGGCAGCGCUGGCUUCGCCUUCCAUGAGCACCACGAGAAGAAGGAUGCCAAGAAGGAGGCUGAGAGGCAAGGCUUCUGAAAGAUGCAACCCUGAAGGGUGACCAGAGAAUAAGUGUUGUUGCUGCUACAUAUCUACUGUUUGCUGUUGCUCAUGUGGGUGUGAUCCUCUCUGUUGUUGCAGACUUUGUCGCUUUCUUUUAAAUGAAAAAACAACAAAAAAAGAAUAGAUCUUCCGGCUUUGAUCUA